GUUUGCUCAAAAUGGCAGCGCUGGAGGAAGAAUUCACGUUGUCUUCGGUGGUCCUGAGCGCCGGGCCUGAAGGACUCCUAGGCGUGGAGCAGAGCGACAAAACAGACCAGUUUCUAGUGACAGACAGCGGCAGGACAGUCAUCCUCUAUAAGGUGAAGGCAGUAGGAUUGGGAGCGCCCCGACUGCCUUCUCGCCCCUUUCUGAGCGCGGAGCUCGAGCUCGAGUUUCUCACAGCUUCAGAAAGAGAUCGUGGAGAAGGCUUAACAGACAGCCGGCUGGGCCUCUCGGGAACGCUGAGUGAGGUCUAGAAUCUGGCUUGCUUGCCUUCCUGUAAAGGCAUAUUUCCGACUUGCAAGGGCAGACCGUCUGAGUGCACGUGGGUUAGACUCGGAAAAGAAAAAGAACCUGUGCUUUUGCUUCGGAACUGGCGGAGAUGGUUUCUGAUCAGAAACCCUUGGGGAGCUGGUCAGUGAAACAAGGUCAAAUUAUAACAUGUCCAGCUGUGUGCAACUUUCAAACUAGAGAGUAUAUUGUUGUACACGAUAAUAAGGUUUUAAGAAUAUGGAAUAAUGAAGAUGUAAACCUGGAUAAAGUGUUUAAAGCUACAUUGUCAGCUGAAGUAUAUAGGAUACUUUCAGUGCAAGGGACAGAACCCUUGGUGCUCUUCAAGGAGGGUGCUGUUCGUGGUUUAGAGGCCUUGCUUGCAGACCCCCAGCAGAAAAUUGAAACUGUUAUCUCUGAUGAAGAAGUGAUUAAAUGGACAAAAUUUUUCAUAGUAUUCAGGCAUCCUGUUUUAAUUUUUAUUACUGAAAAACAUGGAAAUUACUUUGCUUACGUGCAAAUGUUUAACUCACGUAUCUUAACCAAAUAUACACUCUUACUUGGACAAGAUGAAAACUCUGUUAUAGAGAGUUUUACUGCAUCUGUAGAUCGGAAAUUCAUCUCUUUGAUGUCAUUAAGCUCUGAUGGUUGUAUAUAUGAAACCUUGAUACCAAUACGUCCAACUGACCCAGAAAAAAAUCAGACCUUAGUUAGAUCACUGCUGCUCAAGGCUGUUGUAUCUGGUAACACUCGAAAUGGAGUUGCACUCACUGCCCUGGAUCAGGAUCACAUCGCAGUCCUAGGAAGUCCACAAGCAGCUUCUAAGGAAUGCCUCUCUGUAUGGAACAUAAAAUUUCAAACACUACAGACUUCAAAAGAGUUACCACAAGGGACCAGUGGUCAACUCUGGUAUUAUGGAGAAAAUUUAUUUAUGCUACAUGGAAAAUCUCUGACUGUGAUUCCAUACAAGUGUGAAGUGUCAUCAUUAGCAGGUGCUCUUGGAAAACUCAAACAUGGUCAAGAUCCAGGAACUCAUGUCAUGCCCCGUUUUGUAAACUGGGAAACACCUCAAGGAUGUGGACUUGGAUUCCAAAACUCAGAGCAGUCAAGAAGAAUUGAAGAUUCAGAAAAACACAUUGAAGUAGAAGUACGGAAAUUUUUGGCUCUGAAGCAGACACCUGACUUUCAUACUGUCAUUGGGGACACAGUAACAGGACUUCUGGAAAGGUGUAAAGCAGAACCGUCAUUUUAUCCCCGGAACUGUCUGGUGCAGCUUAUCCAAACGCAUGUGCUUUCUUACAGUUUGUGCCCCGACUUGAUGGAGAUUGCCUUAAUAAAGAAAGAUGUACAGUUGUUACAACUCUGUCUACAACAGUUCCCUGACAUUCCUGAAUCAGUCACCUGUGCUUGCUUAAAAAUUUUCUUGAGCAUUGGUGAUGACAGUCUUCAAGAAACAGAUGUCAGUAUGGAGUCAGUUUUUGACUAUAGUAAUUCUGUGCAUGAUGAGAAAAUGGAAGAGCAAACUGAAAUUCUCCAAAAUGGCUUCAGUCCUGAAGAAGAUAAAUGCAGUAACUGUGAUCAAGAGUUAAAUAAAAAGCCUCAGGACGAAACAAAGGAGAGCACUUCAUGCCCUGUGGUACCAAAAAGAGCAGCUCUACUUAAUGCAAUUCUUCAUUCAGCAUAUAGCGAAACAUUUCUUCUGCCUCAUUUGAAAGACAUCCCAGCACAGCAUAUCACACUGUUUCUCAAGUAUUUGUAUUUCCUGUAUCUGAAGUGUAGCGAAAAUGCUACUAUGACUCUUCCUGGAAUAAACCCACCUACCUUGAACCAGAUUAUGGAUUGGAUAUGUCUACUUCUGGAUGCAAAUUUUACUGUUGUAGUAAUGAUGCCAGAAGCAAAGAGGCUACUGAUAAAUCUUUACAAGCUUGUAAAAUCUCAGAUAUCUGUUUAUUCCGAGCUCAACAAGAUUGAAGUAAGUUUUCGGGAGCUACAGAAAUUAAAUCAAGAAAAGAAUAAUAGAGGAUUAUAUUCAAUUGAAGUGCUGGAGCUCUUCUGAUAUUACCAACUCUCCUUCAUAGACAUUUUAUAAAGCUCUUUUAUGUGAACUCUUGCUUCAUCCAGGCAAGAACGGUGUUUUGUUUGCGACCAUCUCGGUGUCAGGAGAAACGUGUCAGUGAGUACCUGGACCAUCACUUACUGAUGCUCCAGGGUAGGACUACAGGUUUCACACGAACCUAUUCUAGGUUGUGGACAUUGGUGCGGAGAGGUUCUGCAAUUUUUUAAAAAUAUGUAGCUGGGUUGAUUUUAAGUAAAAUUAUUUGUGUAUUGAUAAAAGUCUAAUUUCUUAUGUGUUUUGAAUUGUUUUUCUUUUAAUAAAAAACAACCAUUGAAGCAGUGA